AUGUAUGAUAGAGCUUCGUUCAUGUCGGUGUCCGACUGCAUCCGUCUCCUCCGAGAGGAGCGAGUCACCCCGCACAUUCGUUUCCGGUCGUCCGGACUCGAGGGUACGACGCUGAUGGACGCGCUGUAUCCUCCCGACGGCGCGACGUCGCCGCUGGAUGCGAAGCAACUGCUCUUCGUCAUCUUCCAGG